AUGCAAGAGUACUCUUCCACCACAAUAUCUGUGCUUGUACUUCUGCCAUUACUGGCUGUCUUCGCGGUUGCUGGAAAUAUGCUCGUUCUUGGUAUAAUUGCUCGGUUUAAGAAGUUUCGCACCUUUCCAAACAUUCUAAUCGCUAACCUGGCGUUCAUGGAUUUACUCCGCGCGCUCAUUGAAGCACCCAUGUACUUGCUUUGGAGUGUCCUGAAUGUCGCAUGGUUCACAGGAAAGACUUUUGCGAUUAUUUCGCUUUUUGUGACCCGCCUCUGUCUCCACCUUAACACCGUCUCCAUGUUGGUGCUGCUCGUAAAUGUGUCUAUGGCAAUAGCACUAGACCUAAAAUAUUUCACAUGGAAGACGAAUGAAAAAGCUAUGAAAAUAGUACUUAUAGAGUGGGUGGUCUGCUUUGGCGGAACUAUUUUGUUGUCGUGGUUUGAUUCUGAUAUCGACCUUCAGGAUGCUUCUGUUUUCAGUUACCGUCGGGCGUUUUUAAUUAAAUCAAAAAUGGUCUUGAUAGUGAUCCUCUCAGUGUUUAUUUUGACCACAAUUGCUAUCGGUGUCCUGGUAUUUUUCCUAAUCCAAAGGAAGAAACGCCAGGUGAGAUCAAAAGUUUAUAAUAAGUAUUUUUCUAUUUUAUUUUCCAGGCAUCCUUAUGCCACCCUGAUGAGGGAAUGUGCAAUAAUUAUCAGAAGGGGGGUUCUAAAAUCCAGUGGGGAUGGUGGGGGGGCUAAACUUAAAUUAUGCUGUAGGGUGGGGGAGUUUAGAUGUCAAUUUUUUUUAACAUAGAGGGAGGGUCACAAGUCAUAUUGAUGUUUGAGUGGUACAUAAUUUAUUCAAACUGAACUUCUUUGUUAUUGAUCUGGCUUGUAAGAAUAUCAAGAAUAUCAAGAACAGUACAUGGCACACCUAGAACCCGCAAUUAAUAAAAACUUUGCAAUGAUGCAUAAUCUGCAAACUGAAUAGCCUGUGUUAUUAUUAAAGACUUCUUUAAGCAAACAAAUAUUACUAAACAUGACAAUUUGAACAAAAGCUGUGAACGAGGUCCUUGGCUUUCCCAACAAAGCAUGAUUUGCAUGCAAGUAUAGAUCACGCAGAAUUUGUCAGUUUGUGAAGCAAAUAUUGAGAGAGUUUCUUCUUCAAUAUGAUCUACUUGUGGGAUCCUAUAAAUAUCAGGUCCGGCACUCACUGAUAACAGGGCUUUCCCUUAUGAACGGACGCGCGCGAGGGAGACACGUAAGAACCACCCCCCCUCCAAGUUAUUGCACAGAUUAUUGCAUUAUUGCAAAGUCCCUAACAGAGUGUUGGAUUCGCUAGGAUUUGAACAGUCUCGAAGUCGGUUAUUCCCAUGACUUAUGAUAUGCUGGAAGCUUGUUUACAAUCAAACCAGCAACGAUCAUAUCCAAGUCUUAGGUUUUUAUAAUUUCUCACGAGAAGAAUGUUUCAAUAAAAGCCUCUUGGACCAGGGCACAUCGUUCUCGGCGUAAUAUAUCUGUGUAAGAUAUUUAAGUAGCUCUUAAAGCAAUGACAUAAAAUAAAAGCAUUUGAAUAUUACAGGUUCAUUUGCAAUAAUAAUUAUAUUUUCAUCUCAGAAAUACAAUAUCUUUUAUCAUGUUGAAUUGAAGAGAAAAUUUAUCAUUUUAUGAUUCUUAGCUGCUAACAAAUUUCAGGGAUGGUCUUAUUUCAACCAUAUGUAGAAAAAAAAGCGCAUUAACCUGAUUAUGUAUGUCAUUCUUUCAUAGAGAAAGCGGUUAAAUCUGCCCCGACUCCAAGGCCAGGCUAGACUUCAACUGGAUAUCCAGGCUUCCAAAACUGUCAUCAUUACUGUACUUGCAUUCCUAGUGUGCUACACACCGCCCCUCUUAAUUGCAAUCCUGGGUCCUCCUAAAGCUGAUCCCAUCAAACUGCAUUUUCCUCGUCACAUAGCUUUCCUUUGCACGCUCCUUUCCAGCGGGAGCAAUCCCGGCAUCUUAUGUUUUCGAGCGAAAAGGUUUCGCCGCACACUGAAACAGCUUCUUCAAGACCCCUUCGGAAAAACCGCUUUUCAAGACACGGAGCAAAAGGAAAGAUCCAAAGAGAAUGUUACGUGCAAGAAUGCAUGCGAGGCUGAAAAAGACAAGGAGAGAAACGACCCUGCAGCUUGCUCAUCCAACAGCUACAUAGAUGAAAUUGUAAACACAGGUUAA